AUGAACCUGGCUGUGAUCAUUGUCACUCCCAGUGCCACCGGCCCCACCCAGCCGCUCUCUGCCUCAGCCCCCCGCGCUGGGACCUCUUUCCAGAUCCUUCCGGCCCCCAAGCCUGACUUGGCUGCCAUUCCAGCCCAUGACCUGCAAGCCCAGGCCCUGGCCAAGCUGCGCCUGAAUUCACGCAAUUCCUUCCUCUUCGUGCCCCGCCGGGAGGGCAGCCCGGCUGUGCCCCCGGCCCCCAGCGCCGGCCCGGCCCUGCCACCUGCCUCCCAGGAGAAGGCACCAAAGGAGCCCCCGAGGGCUCCCCCACAGCAGGAAGAGCCUGUCACUCCCCCGUCGGCACCUCUGGAUCCAUUGGUACCUGUGACUUACAUCGAUGACAUUGUGGAGCUGGACAAUGGGGAGGUUUCCCCCAGCCCCGGCUCGGCUGCGAGAACGGGGAGCUUGGCAGAUCAGCCUGGGGGAGCCGGACCUGAGCUGGACAUGGAGACCUCCUCCGUGCCCCUCUACAGGCCACACUCUGUCCCCCAUCAGAGAGGAGGCAGCACCUUCACUGUCAUGCCCAAAAGGAAGCCCUCGGGGCCGCAGACUCUUGCUGAUCGCUACCCCACUGUGAAUGAGAUCGAAGUGAUUGGGGGCUACCUGUCCCUGGAGAGGUCCUGCAUGAGCAAGGCGGGCUCCCGCCGCAAGAAGAUGAAGAUAUCUUUCAAUGAGACAAGUUUGCAGACCAUGUUUGAAUAUCCAUCAGAGAGCUCACUGGCAGAAGAGGAAGAGGAAGGACAUGCUUCUGAAACAGAGGAGGACAAAUCUCACACCUUUUGCAUUCCACGUCCAAAUAGCACUUUGCAUCCCAGUACACCUAACUCAGAUUUAUCCAGCUACACCCCAAAGCACUCUGUGAAGUUCAGUGAGUGGCAGGAGCAGAAGUAUGAGGAGAUGCCUGCUGUGGAAGGAUCCCUUCCAAAGGAAGCUGAUUCCCGUGGGAACCAAGAGAUGCUCACCCCAGCCGAGAAGGGCGGGCUCUCGGAUUUCAGCAGCGAACCAGCUCUCUACUUCUGA